UUACCAGACAUAAGCGAAACAAUAACAGUUGGUGGGCCACUUUUGCGCUCAGGUCCUACGCCGGCAAGUUGAGACUUUCAGCGCCUUUUUGGCGCAUCAAGGUCCCGAUUAUUUGCAGCCUACAGCGGAGGAGCACAGCGCGCUCCACUUUUAAUCAGAUUAGGAACCUUUAAUGUUCAAUGCUGGUUUUCCUUCGUCCCUAACGUAGCGGUGCAGGAGUGGCCAAAGCCAAAUGCAGCGAUUCAGAUCAGAUUUCACCUAAACCAGCUGGGAGAGAGACCGACAGAGAGGGAGAGAGAGAAAGAGAGAGAGAGAGAGAGAAACGAGAAGAGAAGAGAAGAGAGAGGGUUUGUCAGUCUCCCUCCUCCCAAAUCCAGAAAAGCUUACCAAGGAAAAAAGGAGGAGUGUCUGGGCUCAGAUAGACGCGAGGAAUCCAGAGGAAUUUCCCGAGGAUUUUUUUUCUCUCUUCCUUUCCCCCUUCCUUUUCACAUCAAAUUAAAAACAACAAGAAAAAAAAAAAAAGUUGGAGGGGAGGCAGCGGGGACCGUGGUCAGGGAUGGACGAGCAGCCGCGGCUGAUGCACUCCCACGGGGUAGGCAUGGCCGGACACCCCGGCCUGGCGCAGCAUAUGCAGGAUGGCACGGCGGGGACGGACGGAGACGGAAGAAAGCAGGACAUCGGAGACAUAUUACAGCAAAUAAUGACCAUCACAGACCAAAGCUUAGACGAAGCGCAGGCAAGGAAACACGCACUCAAUUGCCAUCGAAUGAAACCUGCUCUGUUCAACGUCUUGUGUGAAAUAAAGGAGAAAACAGUGCUCAGUAUCCGCGGCGCCCAGGAGGAGGAGCCUCCAGAUCCCCAGCUGAUGCGACUGGACAACAUGCUUCUGGCAGAGGGUGUGGCCGGACCAGAGAAAGGCGGCGGGUCUGCGGCCGCGGCUGCCGCUGCCGCGGCCACUGGUGGCGUCGGUGCAGAUAACUCUGCAGAACACUCCGACUACCGGGCCAAGCUAUCUCAGAUCCGACAAAUCUACCACACGGAGYUGGAGAAGUACGAACAGGCGUGCAAUGAGUUCACCACCCAUGUGAUGAACCUGCUGAGGGAGCAGUCUCGAACACGACCCAUCUCGCCCAAGGAGAUUGAGCGCAUGGUCAGCAUCAUCCACCGCAAAUUCAGCUCCAUUCAGAUGCAGCUGAAGCAGAGCACUUGCGAGGCCGUCAUGAUCCUGCGCUCACGCUUUCUUGACGCCAGACGAAAGAGGAGGAACUUCAACAAACAGGCGACAGAGAUUCUGAACGAGUACUUUUACUCCCACCUCAGUAACCCCUAUCCAAGCGAGGAGGCAAAAGAAGAGCUGGCCAAGAAGUGCAGCAUCACCGUGUCGCAGGUGUCAAACUGGUUCGGGAACAAGAGAAUCCGAUACAAGAAAAACAUUGGCAAGUUCCAAGAAGAGGCCAACAUGUACGCAGCCCGGACCGCCGUCAACGCCACCAGUGUGUCGGCUCACGGCAGUCAGGCCAACUCGCCGUCAACUCCCAACUCAGCAGGUUCUGCUGGCUCUUUUAACAUGUCAAACUCCGGAGACUUGUUCAUGAGUGUGCAGUCCCUCAAUGGGGACUCGUACCAAGGGGGGCAGGUUGGGGCCAACAUACAGUCCCAGGUGGAUACCCUUCGCCAUGUUAUCAGCCAGACCGGAGGAUACAGUGACAGCCUCGCAGCCAGCCAGAUGUACAGUCCGCAGGGCAUCAACGUAAGACCUACGAACGGCGGCUGGCAAGAUGCUCCGACUCCUUCGUCAGUGACAUCGCCCACAGAAGGACCCGGGAGCGUCCAUUCAGAUACUUCCAACUGAAUAUCUCCAUCUCCACACCUCAUCCCCGAAAGAAUAAAACAAAAAAACAUGAACGAACGAUGCUCCUCACAGUGUUAAAAACCAAGGAAUUCACUYCCCAUAUUUCGGCGAGGUCUUGUGAAAUCCUAGCCCUGAAUGAAAAAUGUUUCUCAACCUAUAACAACAGACUUUUGGGAUACGAAUAAGAAGUUUCGCAAGAAAAAUCCAAUAACAUUUCAAUCAGCGGAGGGUUUGUACAGGUUUCACAUAAUAAUCAGAGGGCUGGGGUUCCUUAUUCACUUGUAAUGUUUUCACUCAAUAUGAUGAGAUGAUCAAAUAAAGUAGAUGAAUAAAACCAUUGGUUUAACUGAAAAUACUUCAUUCUACCUCUCAGCCACUAAGAAGAGUUAAAAAAAAAUGUCAGUGACCAUUAUUUGUUUUUGUAAAAAUGAAACUUUUGUCUUUGCAAACAAGAGGCACAUCUUCUUACAUUUUGUUGUCUCUCACCUACUCUAUGGUACGCCAUUUAGACUUAAAUAUUGCUCAGUUGUUUACAAUGUGUGCUCGAUAAAAGUAUGUUCAUCCUCCCCCCUCUGUCUCCGGCAAGUCAAAACUGAGUUCUGUCAGGAGAUUUUACCUCUAAGGUAACCCUGUGAAGUAUGUUAUCUGUAAAACAAUAAAAUAAAUACUUGUCAUCAAAACAGACAAGCUUGACAUCGUUCAUUAAGAUGCGAGGGAUAUCAGCGGAAACUCUUUCACGCAGUCUUGACUUUGCUUCUGCAGCACAUUGGUACAAAGGCAGAUGCAAAAAAUAAAAAUAAAAAUCUGCGGUACUGUAAAGCUCUUGUUCUUGUUUUAAAUCUCCGAGAAUGUUUUUUUUUUUUUCACAUUACGUUUUGCUGUCUUCUCUGUCUGAUGAUACCAAAAGGCUCACAUAACCAAAUCAAAACCUUUACAUGUCAUGUAGUUUGUUAUGUCAUCAAAUAUUUACUGCGUUAUUUCUUUAUCAGUUCAUCUACAUGGCUCCUUUAUAAAAAAGAAAAUAAUUUUAAAAAGUGGUGCAUUGAGGAUACUAAAAUAUAAAUUUCAACAGGAAAAAAAAAGUUUGUCAUAAUUGUUUGUAAUAUAUUUUUUAAUACACAGAGAUGCAAUCCACUGAUACAGGGACAUCUUUAUGUUAACAAGAGUUUUUCCACACAGUGGAUCCUUCUUCCAGAUUCUAAAGCACAGCUCUGGAGCCGCUCCGAGCAUUAAGUCACCGAUUAUCGUUACAUAAAGAAGUAUGACCUACGGCUCAGCUGAUGGACAUGUAAAGAAGAGUACAUUCCCAUUUUGUUGAACUACGCCUUCUGGAGCGCAUUACACCUUUGGUCGAUUACGUGAUUCAGCAGGUUCUUUAGCAGAACUAAAAACAAACACGAAGUUCAUUCUGACAUUUAUGAACAAAUGUUAGUCAUUAAACAUCCGAUAUUUGAACAUGAUAUUAUGUCAAAUAAUUGUGUUUUAUAAGCAGCCCAACCUUGUUUAUAGUUAUUUUUUAUGUUGUGUGACUUAUACUUUUGUAUUUGAUUUUAUUGGCAUGCUACCUUUUUUUUGUUUUGUUUUGUUUUGUUUUUUGGUCCUCUGUUUUUGUGAUUUAGCUCAUGAACUUUCGACAUGUGUUUAUGUGCACCUGUUGUGCUUGACUUGCCUUGUUGCAAAGGGUUUUCAACACAUUAAAAUAAUAUGUACUACAGUGCAGGUAUA